UGCAUUGUGCAAUAUAGCGUCCUGUGGUGCAGCGCUGGAGAUAGAGUCAAAAGCAGGGCAUGACUGCUGUACUCUCAGGCACAGUGUAACUACACCUUUCACACAGCAACGACGAGGGAAAAUAAAACCCGAAGCAAGUGUGUAAAUGAGUAUGGAAGAUUAUGACUACCUAUUUAAAAUUGUCUUGAUUGGAAAUGCUGGGGUGGGAAAGACCUGUUUAGUACGAAGAUUUACUCAGGGUUUGUUUCCACCAGGCCAAGGAGCCACAAUUGGAGUUGACUUUAUGAUUAAAACUAUUGAUAUAAAUGGAGAAAAAGUGAAGCUCCAGAUUUGGGAUACCGCUGGACAAGAGAGGUUUCGAUCCAUCACUCAGAGCUAUUACCGCAGUGCAAAUGCCUUAAUAUUGACCUAUGAUAUUACCUGUGAAGAGUCUUUCCGUUGCCUUCCUGAAUGGCUGAGGGAGAUUGAGCAGUAUGCUAGCAAUAAAGUCACCACUGUUUUGGUUGGCAACAAGAUUGAUUUAGCAGAGAAACGAGAAGUGUCCAGAGAGAGGGGUGAAGAAUUUUCAGAAACUCAGAAUAUGCAUUACCUGGAGACUUCGGCGAAAGAGUCGGACAAUGUUGAGAAACUGUUCCUUGACCUUGCGUGCCAGUUGAUAGGUGAAGCAAAACAGCACACUCUGGUCAAUAAUGUAGCAUCUCCUUUGCCUGGUGAAGGCAGAACCAUCAGCUACUUGAACUGCUGCAAUGUUAAUUAGGCGUGAACACCAACCAUUAAGUUCAGCUGAUGUUUUGCAAGGGUAUUUUGUAGGUGAAAGAAACUUCUGCAUUUCUUACCUAUUGACCAAAGCUUGAGGUUAUUUUCUGGGUUUCAGCAUGGUAGACUGAUUUAAAAAAAAAAGCAGACAAAUUGGAAAGCUUUUAUGCUCCAGAUUGCCCAGGUAAAAGUAACAAUACAAGAUCUAAACAUUUAAAAAAAUAUCUUCAAAACUUUGCUGUGCUUUGAAUUAGCUUUACCAGUGCUUACUUGUAGCACAGAACUUGUCAUUUUAUUGCUGCUUAAACAAUGAAGGCUUGUAUUAAUAGUUAGGAGUAAUUUGAAGUAUAGAAGGUACAAUAUUUGGAUUUGCUUUUAACUAUUCAUGGUGCCGUGCUCCACACAAUAUAUCAACGCUAGACUUUUUAAAAAAAAAAAUUGGAUUAUCUAUCACUGAAAAUUUAUUUAGGUAGUUAAUAUAAUUGGAAGUAGCCAGUUUUAUAAUCCCUGCAUGUUGUUGCCAUUAAGCUCUUUUAUUUAGCUCUAAGAAAUUUUGCCACUCCUACAAAAUUUGCUUUUCAUGUGUGCAACUCGUUUUUAUUCUCAUUCUGCAAAUAUUACAGUUUGAGCUAAUUACAGUUUCACUGAACAGUAGGUGUUGUGUUCCUGUUCUAGUUUAAACCAUGAGGUUUGGAUCUCAAUCUAUGUUACAUUUUGUUUGAAGGUGAUCAGGAAGAUUUUACCCAUGGGUUGUGUAGCAUAAUCAUGAUUCAAAACUAUUAAUUCAUGCGAUUUUUGCUACACAUCACAAGAUCUUCCCUGCAUAUUAUUUAACUAUUUCCUCCAAUUAUUAUACAGGCAUUUCUGAAGAUGACAGCUCCUGCUGGGAUACACCAUUUACUGAUAGUGUUCAUCUGCCCAAGGGAACUUAAACAUGCAUGACUGUAGACAUCAACACAUUCUCUCAUGGUAUGACGACAUCAUAACCUCCAUGCAUAGUAUUAAUAUAAUCAACAUCAAUUAUGUAUUGAUUUGGGAAAAGAACUUUAAUCCUAUUAUGUGUUUGCAUUUCAAGCUAGAGAACGCUAUAGUCAGUAAUGGCCUUGUACACAGUUCUUACUGACACAACGAGGAUGAAGCAUUAGACCUAAAACCUGUGUAGUUUCUUGCAGCCCAGUCUAAGUUAUGUUGGCUGAUACUUAAACAUUAGCCCAUUGUAACAUACGGAAUGUGAAGGAGGCAUUAAUCAUCAAUAUUUUUUCUGCAGAAAAUUCUUGUCAUCUUUCAAUUAACUACAGUAUAUUUAUACCACAGUCUCCAAUUGAAAGUAUCAUUACGGGGGGAAAAAAAGCUGGAAAUUUACCUGAAAUGAACUAAAUUUUUAUAUUCCACACAGCAGGAAUUCAAAUAAAAACACUGCAGGUAUGCAAAUAACAGCAACAUAUUUAUAUUAAGUUAUAAUGAAAUUAGGACCACAGCUGAUCAAUUUUAUGGUAGUUCCUGGUUUAGGAUACAUAUUCAAAUAAUAGAGAAGGCAAAUCAAUAUUUCUCUGAACUUUUUAAUCUUAAUUCUUAGCAACCACAUUAUGACACCCGAGUACAGGUCCUUGUGAGUGGUCAAUAAGUACUUCCCAAUAUCUUGUUUGAUUAUAUUUCAUCUUGUAAUCCAUCAGUUAUUGUGUUCCUAAAAUUUCAUUAUCUUGUGAUACUUUGAGAACAUUUAAAAAAAUUUUCUUCACUCUGUUAUUACAGUUAUGAAAUAGCAAUUAACCAGGGCUGUUUCAGGGAAUUAAAUUAUUAUUUUCUUUGCAAUCAUUUCCUAUGAGCACAUAACAUGCUUUUUUACAUAGUCUCCUUUUCUAAGGUAUUAGCACAUUAGUAAUAAUCUGAUCUUUUUACUCUAGUAAAAUAAAAUUAAAUAAUGAGAACAUUGCAAAAUACUAUGGAGCUCUCUAAUCACUGUGCAUCAUUUACUGCCAAUGUUGUGAAAACAGUAGCAACAUCACCAGUUGUUUUAUAUGUCUUUGCACUUUACAUCAAAUUAACAGCCUGGGGUUGUUGAUUUAUUCCCAAACAUUGAUCUUUUCUAUAUUUGAAACAACUUGCUGUGCCAUGGGAAAAUUCUGAAGUACUUGUUUUUUUUUUUGCUUGUGGCACUAGCAGAAGCUACAUUCCAUUUUGGUUUUUUUCUUCCCAUUUUUGAAAUGUAGGAUGGUGCCAUUAGGACCCGCUGAUGUAGGGUUGUAUUUUCCACACAACAUUUAGCUAAAAUGUCAUUUACUUGAUAUAAUAUAACCAUGUGAAAUACCUUCACAAGCUUUCUACUAUAUUUUGUAUCUAGAUGUAUUAUAUGAUGAAUAAAGGAUUGUUUUUAUUUAAACUAACACUACUCUUGCAAUAGAGCACAACUCUAGAGAGAGCUUGACAGAGAACAGUAAUGUGGGAAUCAUUGAAUCUAGACAUGUUAAAUCCUUGCAAAAAUAUUGACAGCAAAAAGUAUUAGUUAACAAUGCUACUUAAUUGAAAUGAUUGAUAAUUUGAUGAAACUGAGCUUUGCAGUGAGUUAUAAGUUGCACCUGAAAAAAGGCUGUUAUACACAGUGCUUCAUCUGAGUUACAUCACGGCUUUGAUAAUUGAACAAUGCACACAAAACUGGUCCAUUGAUGACUGAUUUUAACUUUCUGUUAGAGCUGAAGCUGGUUGAGAAAGCAUCAGACAAUUUUUCCAUAGCAUACACAAUAUCUGUACAGCAAAAUCCAUUUCUAAAUGAGAAGUAUUUGUCAAGUAAACAGUGGGGAAAAAGAACUUCUAAUACAUUGUUCCAAUAUGUUUUCUGUAAAUAUCAUAGCUUCAAUAUUAAGAACAUAAUUUGCAUAUUGUAUUAUUUUAAUUGUUUUGAUUUACUAUUAAUUGUGUAGAGCUAUUAUUAAAGUUCUCAAUGACGCAUUAUAUUCUGUGAGAAAAUCCCAAAUUUCAAACUGCUUUAAAUUUAUAGUUUGGGUUGAAAUAAAUCAUCCUUUUUAAAUUGUGCAUGUUUAUACUGCCGUUUGGGAACAAGUUAAAUUAUUCAUUGGCUUUCCCUCUCACUGUCCACUGUCACCCAAACAUGGGAUAAAUGCUGCAAGCGAUUUUAAAAUGCUGCUGUCCACAAGUAUUUACACAAACAAUGGAAUUCUUUACUGUCAAACUAUUUUCAAAAGCAGUAACAACCUGUACAAACUCUUAAUCUUAUUGAGCCUUUUGGUAAAUGUGCAAUUUAAAAGAAAGUUUAACUGUUUGCUAUUAUCAAUAAAUGAAAAUGUGAAUGUUGAUCUGGAAAUAGAAUAUAAUUUAGUGUUUUAAUACUUUUACAUGUAAAUGAGAAAUGUAUAGCCCUUUCCUGAACAUUUCAUAUAUUGGAUCCUGAAUUAAAUUAAUGAAAGUACAGCUGGUGAUAUCAUGCAUUUACCAGUAUAAUGGUGAAAGCAAAGAGAAUAUUCAGCACCACUUUGGGUUGGGAGGUGGUAUCUGGUUGAAAAUGUAGAGAGAUGAAAUUUGUCAGUAAAAUGUAUUGUUGACAGUUUUCUGCUGAUAUUUGGGCAUCUCUAGAGAAAAUGGAAAUUUUGUACAGGCUGUCACUGUUUUAUUUUUUAAAAACAUGAGAUUUAGUUGGCUGUGCAAUAACACCAGCCAUUUUCUGUUCAUGACUUUGGCACAAUAAUGUUCUUGAUAUGGCACUAAAGCUAAAAGUACAGAACAACUGGCAAAAUUUUAACUACAAUGCUAACAGGUGCUUGUAGAUCAGUACAUUUGCGAUCGCAUUGUAAGAAUCUCCAAACUGUGAAUAGCUGUAAUCUAAGAAAUACAUAAAUGUUUUUCAUGUGAACCUAAUGGUGCUGUUAUUUGGAAUGAAGAAUGUUAGUAACUAAUAGUUUGGUAUAACUAAUUUGAAAAGAAUGUAAAUCUUGUGUUAAACUGAACAAAAUGAAUGUGUUUUUGCCACACUUGUUGUCUCAUUCUUUA